AUGGGACUCCCUAAUGGGUUUCUCGCGUCCCUCCUCCUCCGCCUCCUCCUCCUCCUUCAGGUCUGCUGGCUGCCUCGCGUGGCCUCCGAGCCGUGCCGGGCGGGCUUCGGGGAAGCUGAAGUGACUUUGGAGUCGGGAGGCGCGGAGCUGGAGCCCGGCCAGGCUCUUGGGUUGAUUUUCGUGGACUGCCCUGGGCAAGAGUCAGCCCUGCUUAGCACUGAUGGUGACUUUGCUGCGCUGAAUGGUAGAACAGUCCAGGUAAGACACUCCUUGCAGGAGAGGAAACCAUUGAAGAUCUCCCCAUCCAACCGUAUCUUACAAAGACGCAAGAGAGAAUGGGUGGUUCCACCGAUAUCCGUCUCUGAGAAUGGCAAGGGUCCCUUCCCCCAGAAGCUCAAUCAGCUCAAAUCUAAUAAGGACAGAGGCACCAAGAUUUUCUACAGCAUCACAGGCCCUGGAGCAGACAGCCCCCCUGAGGGUGUCUUCACCAUAGAGAAGGAAACAGGCUGGUUGUUGUUGAAUAAGCCGCUGGACCGGGAGAAGAUUGCGAAGUAUGAGCUCUUUGGCCACGCUGUAUCAGAGAACGGUGCCUCAGUGGAAGAACCCAUGAACAUCUCCAUCAUUGUAACUGACCAGAACGACCACAAGCCCAAGUUCACCCAGGAUGUUUUCAGAGGGAGCGUCUUGGAAGGGGUACUACCCGGCACUUCUGUGAUGCAGGUGACAGCCACAGAUGAGGACGAUGCCAUCAACACCUACAAUGGGGUGGUUGCUUACUCUAUCCAUAGCCAAGAGCCAAAGGACCCACAUGACCUCAUGUUCACCGUCCACCGGAGCACGGGUACCAUCAGCGUCAUCUCCAGUGGCCUGGACCGGGAGAGAGUCCCUGAGUACACACUGACCAUCCAGGCUACAGACAUGGAUGGGGAUGGUUCUACCACCACAGCAGUGGCCAUAGUGGAAAUCCUCGAUGCCAAUGACAAUGCUCCUGUGUUUGAUCCUCAGAAGUACGAGGCCCAAGUGCCUGAGAACAUGGUGGGGCACGAGGUGCAGAGGCUGACAGUGACUGAUCUGGAUGCCCCCAACUCACCCGCAUGGCACGCCACCUACCGCAUCUUGGAAGGUGACGAUGAGGACCAUUUUACCAUCACCACCCACCCCGAGAGCAACCAGGGCAUUCUGACAACCAGGAAGGGCUUGGACUUCGAGGCCAAAAACCAACACACCCUGUACGUUGAAGUGACCAAUGAGGCUCCCUUUGUGGUGAAGCUCCCAACCUCCACGGCCACCAUAGUAGUUCAUGUGGAGGAUGUGAAUGAGGCACCUGUGUUUGUCCCACCCUCCAAAGUCAUCGAGGUCCAGGAGGGCAUCUCUGUCGGGGAGUCUGUCUGCACCUACACUGCGCAGGACCCUGACGAGGGAAAUCAGAAGAUCAGCUACCACAUCCUCAGAGACCCAGCAGGGUGGCUAGCAAUGGACCCAGACAGUGGACAGGUCACUGCCACGGGGGUUUUAGACCGUGAGGAUGAACGGUUUGUGAAGAACAAUGUCUAUGAAGUCAUGGUCUUGGCCACAGAUGAUGGGAGCCCUCCCACCACUGGCACUGGGACCCUCCUGCUAACACUUAUGGACAUCAACGACCAUGGCCCGGUCCCCGAACCCCGACAGAUCACUAUCUGCAACCAAAGCCCUGUGCCCCAAGUGCUGAACAUCACGGACAAGGACCUGUCCCCCCACACCUCCCCUUUCCAGGCCCAGCUCACACAUGACUCGGAUAUCUACUGGACAGCAGAGGUCAAUGAGAAAGGAAACACAGUGGCCCUGUCCUUGAAGAAGUUCCUGAAGCAAGACACAUACAAUGUGCACCUUUCUCUAUCUGACCAUGGCAACAAGGAACAGCUGACAGUGAUCAGCGCCACGGUGUGUGACUGCCAUGGCCAUGUGGAGACCUGCCCCAAACCCUGGAAGGGGGGCUUCCUCCUCCCGGUCCUGGGGGCUGUCCUGGCUCUGCUGCUUCUCCUCCUGGUCCUCCUCUUGUUGGUGAGGAAGAAGAGGAAGGUCAAGGAGCCCCUUCUGCUCCCAGAAGAUGACACCCGUGACAAUGUCUUCUACUAUGGCGAAGAGGGAGGUGGUGAAGAGGACCAGGACUAUGACAUCACCCAACUCCACCGUGGUCUGGAGGCCCGGCCUGAGGUCGUUCUCCGCAAUGAUGUGGCGCCGUCCUUCAUCCCCACACCCAUGUACCGUCCACGUCCAGCCAACCCAGAUGAGAUUGGGAACUUCAUCAUCGAGAACCUGAAGGCGGCAAACACGGACCCCACAGCCCCGCCGUACGACUCCCUGCUGGUGUUUGACUACGAGGGCAGCGGCUCUGAUGCCGCGUCCCUGAGCUCCCUCACCUCCUCAGCCUCUGACCAGGACCAAGACUAUGACUAUCUGAACGAGUGGGGCAGUCGCUUCAAGAAGCUGGCAGACAUGUAUGGUGGUGGCCAGGACGACUAG